GUAUGCAGAAGUGAACAGAGCUUGUUCAUUGUACAGUGUUAUUCUGUGCUCCAAAGCAGCUUCAUAGCUGGAUCGGGUGCUAACUACAAUAACUGCUGUACUAUGGAAUACAGAUAUGUGAAUUCAGAUAGCUAAUUGUUGCUUGGAGGAAUCUAUCAUGCUUUCACAUAAAGAGAGAUUUUAAAAGCCAGGUUUCUAACUGUAAAGAUGCAAAACCGUAAUAUCCAUGAAGAUCCUAUUACCUAGGAAGAAUCUGACAUUUUGCUGUGAAUGGUGUGUUGGGAUUUAUUUAUUCUUGGAGUGUUCUGCGUGGCUGGCAAAGAAUAAUGUUCCAAAAUCAGUCCAUCUCCCAAGGGGUCCAAUUUUUCUUCCUGGGUGUCAGCAAGCCCUGACUCACAACAGUGCAGCUGACAGGGACUGUCAUGCUUGUGGCACCCUAAGCAAAAACAAAAGACCUAAGGACGACCUUUGAACAACACAAAGGAUGGGUUUCAAUGUAAUUAGGCUACUGAGCGGAUCAGCUGUAGCCCUGGUAAUAGCCCCUACUGUAUUACUGACAAUGCUUUCUUCUGCUGAACGAGGAUGCCCUAAGAACUGUAGGUGUGAAGGAAAAAUGGUAUAUUGUGAAUCUCAGAAAUUACAAGAGAUACCCUUGACUAUAUCUGCUGGUUGUUUAGGUUUGUCUCUUCGCUAUAACAGCCUCCAAAAACUAAAACAUAAUCAAUUUAAAGGUCUAAAUCAGCUCACCUGGCUGUAUCUAGACCAUAACCACAUCAGCAAUAUUGACGAAAAUGCUUUCAAUGGAAUACGCAGACUAAAAGAGUUGAUCCUGAGUUCCAACAGAAUCGCAUAUUUUCUUAAUAAUACCUUCAGACCUGUGACAAAUCUCCGUAACUUGGAUCUGUCAUACAAUCAGCUGCAGUCUCUGGGAUCUGAACAGUUCAGGGGCUUAAGGAAGCUGCUGAGUUUACAUUUGCGAUCCAAUUCCCUAAGAACCAUCCCUGUUCGAAUAUUCCAAGAUUGUAGGAACCUUGAACUUCUGGACCUGGGUUACAAUCGCAUCCGAAGUUUAGCAAGGAAUGUCUUUGCAGGCAUGAUCAGGUUGAAGGAGCUUCACCUGGAGCACAAUCAGUUUUCUAAGCUCAACCUGGCACUUUUUCCAAGACUUGUCAGCCUUCAAAACCUUUAUUUACAGUGGAAUAAAAUCAGUGUGAUAGGACAAACUAUGUCCUGGACCUGGAGCUCAUUACAAAGGCUUGAUUUAUCUGGCAAUGAAAUAGAAGCUUUCAGUGGACCUAGUGUUUUUCAGUGUGUGCCCAAUUUACAGCGCCUCAACCUGGAUUCAAACAAGCUCACAUUUAUUGGUCAAGAAAUUUUGGAUUCUUGGAUAUCCCUCAAUGAUAUCAGCCUUGCUGGGAAUAUAUGGGAAUGCAGCAGAAACAUUUGCUCUCUGGUAAACUGGCUAAAAAGUUUUAAAGGGCUGAGGGAAAAUACAAUUAUCUGUGCCAGCCCCAAAGAGCUGCAAGGGGUGAAUGUUAUUGAUGCAGUGAAAAACUACAGCAUCUGUGGCAAAAGUACUACAGAGAGGUUUGAAUUAGCAAGAGCUCCCCCAAAGCCAACAUUUAAACCAAAACUCACCAGGCCUAAACAUGACAGCAAGCCUCCUCUGCCCCCAACUAUCGGAGCCACCGAAUCCAGCUCAGAACUCGAGCACGACACAGAACACAUCUCCUUUCAUAAAAUCAUAGCAGGGAGUGUGGCCCUUUUUUUGUCCGUGCUUGUGAUCCUGCUGGUAAUCUAUGUGUCAUGGAAGCGUUACCCAGCCAGUAUGAAGCAGCUGCAGCAACACUCUCUCAUGCGAAGGCACAGGAAAAAAAAAAGACAGUCACUGAAGCAAAUGACUCCAACCACACAGGAAUUUUAUGUAGAUUAUAAACCUACCAACACUGAAACCAGUGAGAUGUUGCUGAAUGGAACAGGACCCUGCACAUAUAACAAAUCAGGCUCCAGGGAAUGUGAGAUACCUUUAUCUAUGAAUGUGUCAACAUUUCUCGCCUAUGACCAACCCACAAUAAGUUACUGUGGUGUACAUCAUGAACUCCUUGCUCAUAAGCCCUAUGAAUCUAAUGCACAGGAAGAAACAAUGGAAACACACCUAGAGACUGAUCUGGAUCUCAGCACAAUAACAAAAGCCGCAAGAAUCAGUGAACACAGUCAGCAGCUAGCUUAACUGAAUUCAUUUGUAACAGAGGACUGCAACCAACCUAUGUAACUUGAAGGACAAAAGAGGAAGAUAUUCUGAAAUGGUUUCUGAAACCCCUGUUCAAUUAAAGGAGAACUAAGAGUUACACUGAAGACAUGAAUUGUUUCAAGUCUACAAUUUGUAAUUAGCUAAGUUGUGCAGUAUUUUUGACAUAAAGCAGAGAAUGACCCUUGAAGCAAAUCUUUUUUCAAAACUCAUCCUACCUACCUGUAAAAACUGUACAGAUCUAAUGUAUUUUUCAUAUUGUAAAGUUUCAAUUACUGAGAACAGCUGUUAUGUACAGUACCAGAACUGAAUUACAUCUCACUUUACAAAUUUCAGUUUCUAAAGUUUUAAAUUAACAAAAAUUAUUUCUUGUGUUAUUCAGUUACUCAGUUUUGUAAGGACAGUUUUGUUACUGCUUUUGUGCCCAGAAAACUUUACUCUAAAAUUCUGUGCUGUGCAGAACAUGCACAAUUUUUACCAUGCUUACCAUGUAGAAUUUUAUCUACUUGUACCAGAAAUAAUACAUUAACUAAAAGAAGAGUUUAAUUGUUCAAACUUGUAAGAAGUUCUUCAGUUACAUAGACAAGUUUUUCUUAUAAAUGAAAAAAAAAUCACAGAAUUUUUAACAGUUCUUCUCAGAUUUAACUGUUGCCUUGAAUUAACAGCCUGUGAAAGUUAAUUCUAAAGCAGCGAAAUGUAACGAUAAAGAGGGAUAUUUUAACA